ACAUAAUAUCAAGAUUGGCUACAUCAGCAACAUCAGGACAGAAUGGUUAGGAAGUGGGAGAGACAGAGAGAGGGAAAGAGAGAACAAAAACGGUGUUUCGAUAACGAUCAGUCUUCCGCCCGUUUUGAACCAGAUGGUGUGCUGUAGUUCCCCGUAGUCUCACAAAUUCAGUUUGACGCGAGCGCCUUGGCCAAUCCCCGACUUUCGAGAGCUCAUUAAAGGGAAGCAACUGCAGACAGUUUGCAGUUUGUCUCAAGGGGAAUAACUGGAGCCGGUGGCCGCGCGGACGGAGAAGACGAAGAACAGAAGCUAUCAUGCUCUCAGAGCGAACUGGGUGUCAUGGCUGCCACAGCAUCUUGCCAGGCCUGCGUUCGUCGACUUGCUGUCCGUCUGGUCUGCAUUCUGGGAUUAUUCUGCGCUGCGGAAGGCAACAAAGGAAUGAAAGUAAGCUCCUUUCAAGGCUUACCCAAUGUGCAGGAAGUGACGUGUUCAGGUGAAGAACUUGACCCGCAAGUUGACCUCUUCAACAUUGCCCUCUUUACCCUGAAGGACAUCCACGUUCUGUCGUCCGCCAACCUCAAGUCCCGGGAGUGCACGACAUCGUACGAGUUCGCAUCCUGUGAGAUCGACACCAAGAACGUGCGCAGGACCAAGGUGACGGUGCUGCUGGUGGGGCUGCGCGACAGUGAGUGGCGCUCAUUCGGCUGCGAGCUGACGGGCGUCAACCCCGACGGUCGCUCUCACAUCACCUCGUGGUCGAUGGAGAUCACAGGGACUCGUAAGUAGCCGCCAGAGGGUGCUGCUGCUGGUUCUCCCGACUCUCAGGAGACCCUGGGUAGUGAGCGUCGUUAAUAUUUCACUCUUCUCCGGUCGACUGCGGUCAGCUCCGGCCUUCCCACGUGACA